UCUAUCAAAUCCCCGAUUCCCGACUUUGAUUCGGCAUUUUAUUUUUAGGGAGAAGAAGAAGCGAAGAAGAUGAGUUACGAGAAGGUCCCGCCGGAAUCCUAUCCUCCUCCAGGAUACGCGCCUCCGUAUCCGCCGCUGGGAUAUCAGUCGGCGACGCCUCCGGGAUAUCCGUCUGCGCCACCGCCACCGCACCACGAGGCGUAUCCUCCGCCGCAUCCGCACGGAUAUCCGGCGUAUCCACCACCGCCGUCUCGUCCUCCUUACGAAGGUUACCAAGGAUACUUCGCCGGAGGGUAUCCUCCCCCGCCGGGACCGCCUCCUCAGUACCACACUCACCACGAUCACCACUAUUACCAGGAUUCGGAAGCUGGUUGCACAUCUUUCCUUCGUGGCUGUCUGGCCGCCCUUUGCUGCUGCUGUGUGUUGGAGGAGUGCUGCUUCUGAGAGAGCCGAAGUGACCAUUUACAACCACAUUCCGUGUUGUUGAAUAUGUAUUUAAUGCUGUGACCGUUUAUUGAGAAGCAUAUGCUACUCAACACAUCCAAGAUCAAGAUUCUCCUUCGUGGGUUUUGCGUGUAUCAUAUAAUGUUUAUGUGUGAGAGA